AUGAUCCAUAAAGUGCCAGUGUUAGUGGCCAAGCUCAUAGGAAUACUGUUUCUAGUAUGGGUGCUUCUUUCAACAAUACUCCCGCAGACACUUCUUAAAUAUUCGGACCCGCAGAUCCAAAAGUCCCGCUUUGUUAAGCCCACUUAUCCCUAUAACUCGCUUACGUCUCCAUCUCCUCUUCCCAUACAGAAUUCCACCGUGUACUUUGUCAUUGGGCAUCCUGAUGACGAGGUGAUGUUCUUUGCGCCUGCCCUCGUAGAAGUGGCCAAGCCUAAACAUAAUAAUAAAGUCCGUUUGGUGUGUUUCUCUAGAGGAGACGCCGUGGACGUCUCGAUGGGAGCUAUUAGAUCGCAAGAGCUUCGUAAUUCCGCCAGAAUCUUGGGCAUCGAAGCCGCCGACGUGAUUGUCCUUGACAACUACGCCGACGGCAUGGAUGUCGAAUGGGGAGCGCAGAACAUCUCGUCUAGUUUGACUGGGAUUAUGGACCCCUCCACUAUGGCUAGCUCUGUGGUAGUAACCUUUGACCAAAACGGAGUUUCAAACCAUCCUAAUCAUAUUCUGUUGUAUCAUGGCUGCAAGAAGUUCUUCGAUUCGAAGCUGACUUCGGGCGCCAAACUCUAUGUGCUCAAGAGUUUGAGUUUCUGGGAGAAGUACUCGUUCACCUUAUUGACAAACAUUGAACUCCUCGUGGACUUUGUCUCACGCUUCAUCCUCAGCAAUUUCUUGAAGGUUAACAUUAACAUCAGCUUCUUCGAUACAUUCGCAGGAAAACAAUUACCUUCCAUUAAAGUCUAUUCGGACCUCAACAUGUUGAGUUUGUCGUAUGCGGCCAUGGCCUAUGGACAUUUCAGUCAAAUGGUUUGGUUCCGUUAUGGGUGGUUGAUCUUCAGCAGGUACUUGACCUUCAAUCAUCUCAUACAAGUGAACUAA